AGAGUGUUUCCUCAUACUAGUUACAGUACUACUCUGCUUCACAUAAGGAGUGCAGUCUUCCAUACUCUCAAAAUAGAUGGGUCUUUCUUUGCGCUGGAAUCUCUGGACGUUGUUCGUGUUGGCAUCAGGUGAGACUGGAAUAGUGACUACUUUGACUGCCCGUCAGUUCGAUGGAGCUGUCGGGGGAUCUGUGUUUAUGUUCACUACCCUGGAGGUGCCGCCACGUAACAUAAUAACAUGGACAGCUGGGAGCAAUACGAUUGCAACGCUUGAAGAUGGUCAAAAUCCAACUUACAGCUCAAUUUGUGUUUCAAGAUGUGAAUUGUUUCAAAAUGCCACACUGAGGCUGGACAGGCUACUAGUCUCUGAUCCCAAAUCUUAUGACCAAAGCAUUAAAAACAAAGAUGAUGAUAAAACUACCUCGAUCCCAGUCACUCUCAUUGUGCACAAUCUGAUGACUCCUCCAGUCCUCACUGCUAAUCCCACUUCCCGCCCGGUGCAUGGCAACAAUCUAACAUUAAAAUGCAAUAAUGGGAGCCAGACUGUGUACAAUUACACUUUCCUCAGAGAUGGUCAAAUCGUUUCCUGCUCUUCAUCUCACAUAACCUGUAACACCACCAGCCAACAUCUGGAUUUUCAUCCAAUCACAGAAAAUGACAGUGGAAACUACACUUGCAUUAUCCUUAAUCCAGUCAGCAGUAGCAGCAGCAAUUCGCUCAUGCUGGAUGUGGCAGUAAAAGUCUCCGACGUAAUCUUGCAAAAUAAUGCCUCAAAGCCAGUGACGGUGGAUAAAGACUCCGUGGCUCUACUGUGUUCAUCCCGUGGGACAGAAGUCAACUACACCUGGACCCUCCGUGAAUUAGACCUGCCUCUCAACCCCCGAUAUCACCUGAUCAAUAAUAACUCCACUCUAAUUAUCAGUCCUGUCUCUAGAGAGGAUCACGGAUACUUCACAUGCACUGUCGCAAAUUAUCUAAACAAUGAGACAAGCUCUAAUUUGACACUGAGUUGGGCUCCAGAUGGGCAGAUUACUUGUGGGGCAGAGCGUUUGGAUGACAGUAUACAGCUCUUUUGUUCCUGGCCAUGGGGGUACCCUGCCGCCAACCUGACUUUGAAGUUUGCUAACCAGGAGGCUUCGGGAACAGACAAAGUGACUAGGAAUGUUUCGCUGACCCAUCCUGCAAGUGUAUUAAAUUGUGAAGGACACCAGGGAUGGACACAAUCCUGUUCACUGAUCAUAGACACCCCAAAGUCUUCGGGGAUUUCCAGUGACACAUUAGUUGAAGGAGAAUGGGGAAAGAAAGCCAUUUUGUCUGUCCCUCUGACCUCUGAAAUUAGGAAAGAAAACAUCAUUGUCCCACAACAACUGCUUCCUGCAACGUUCACCUGGUACAGACUCACACCUGAGCCGGUACCGCUUCUCCAUGGAGAAAACUUCACAGUAAUUUCUAAUGACUUUGUUUCUUAUUUGGUGGUCUCUCCAGUGACCAGUGAUGUAACUGGACAAUAUAUGUGCACAGCAGAAAAUCUGAUUGGAAAAACAAGCUUCAAAUUUACUCUACGUCUAAGUGAAGGUCAAGGGUCUUCUGGUAUUAACCUGAGUCCAGGUGCUGUUGCUGGAAUUGUUAUUGGUGCCAUUGCGGCUGGUUGCAUCAUAACUCUUACCAUCGUCCUACUCCAGAAGAAAUUAAGUGAUAAAAAACAACCUGCAAAUGAAACAUCAAAAAUCGACUUUCAACCGUCUGGAGUUUCAAACCCAUACAUGAACUGGCAUCGAAGUACAACUACAGUAGCGCAACAGGUGAAUCCUGGUGUUCAAGAUGAAGAUAAUUAUGAGGAACUACAAUUUCAGGAUAAUAUUGAAUAUGACAAGAUCAGUCCAUAACUAUCAAUUAGGAUUGUGCCACGUUAAACCACCAUAUGAGAGACAACUUUGCCGAGCUGUUUAUAGAUGGACCAUCUUAACAACAAAA